GCGGCUUUCGAUGCGUGCGCGCACCCACCUCGCCCGCGCUUUCGACUACGAACGUUAUGCCGUUACGCGCGAAAACUCAACAUUUUGAUUAAACAAACAAACACAUCAAAGGACCCAAGAUCUCUUUUCAAGACUGAUUAUAAUGUGAUAUUGGAGUGCGAAUGUGGAUAUGUUUCUCGUGGUCGGAUGACAGUGCGCAGGAGUGGAGUCGGUGGAGGAGCACAAUGAGCGCGCCGCAGAAUUGGCACAAAUGGCUAGUGUUGUCGCUGCUCGGAUUGGCUUUGUCCGCUCGGCCAAUUGGCUGCGAUUACAGUUCCAUCACCGAGAAAUUUGGAGCGGAAGCCGUUGCUCGGUGCAAUGAAAAAUGUCCCUUCCAGAAUCGAACGGGUGACGUCCAUUUUGAUGUUAACUGUGGAUCAGAAUGCAGUGUCCAACAGUGUGCGGUUGGGUGCAGUCUUUGGAGAGAAGGAUUGGAAAAUUCAUGUCAAGCGGCAUGCAAUGUUACAUCCGAAUCCUCGUUUUCGCGGGAACUGUAUUGUGUUAUGGGAUGCAAUGAGGCUCUUAAUACAUACUUUCAAAAGUUAAGAGAGUUGAUUGGAACCCCGCCUGCGCCGGCACUGGUGGCUGACAGCCUGACGGCGACCUCGCUGUCCCUAGUGUGGGAAGCGCCCACGCUGGGCAACCUGAGCUGCCUGGUCCAAUGGCGGUACGAGGAACUGCCCGGCACGUGGCAAUACUACUCCAACACCAGCCACUCCGACCGGUCCAUCAUCCACGUGGAAAACUUGCGCCCCUAUACUAAGUACAGGUUCCGUGUAGCAAUCUUCCUAUCGGGCCGAGGUGGGACAGGCGAGCCGGUGUACUCAGCGCCGUCAGUGGUAAUCUCCACUCUGGAAAGCGGGACGCCCAGCUCGGCACCGCAAUCGCUAAGAGCCGCCGCACCUGAUGCCAGCCGCGUGUCCAUCUCCUGGGAGCCCGGGCCCUUUCCCAACGGCCCGCUCAUAUCCUACGUGCUGCGAUUGACUGACACUCAGCCGAAUACUAUUGACGCCUUGGAGGACAUGCCAGCAUCAAACAAUACGUUGUUCUACAUGUUUCAAAACUUAGCACCAGCUCGGGAGUACGAAGUCGCCGUUUCGAUGCGCAAUGCCGUGGGCGAGGGACCAAGGGCUUUCGUUAAAGUAUCCACGCCGCCGCUGCCCACGCCUGCACCCAGCCAACAACCUAUUCUAAUUGUGGGUGGAGAGCAAAACGUCUUAGCAGCGCCCGCAAAUGAUAUGCUCUCCGAUCCUAUUGAGCUAUACAGUACUCCAUCCGUUAAUGACACGAUUACUGGUGUUGGUUUGGAUAUCUCAAGCGACUCGUUAUUCGUCUCUGUUUCCAAUGGUUACGUAUAUCGAAGUACUUUAUCAAAAAAAGGCAAUACUGAAAUUAUUAUCAGCCCAACUUCUUCCCAUCCUUUAGACUUGUCUGUGGACUGGUUAAACCGCCAUUUGUAUGUGCUCGGCGUUGUACAUUCUACGAGCAAUUUGACUUCAAUUGAUCAAUGGGAGAUUAUACGUCGUGAUUUUGAUGGCAAGAAUCCGGUAGUUGCUUAUUCAGGUUUUAAUUCACGUCCAAUUCAUUUUGAAGUAGAUGCGUAUAAUGGGUACUUAUUUUGGGCGCUUCGUGGUGGAGAUCGUGGUGGUUUAUACAGGCUCGACUUGGCUAACAUUUCAAACGGAGUUCGUCACGAUUCACCCCCAGAGCUGAUAGUAAGAGAUGCUCAUCUCGGUGCUUUUACUGUGGACCACGCGGAAUUCAGGCUCCUUGUUGCCCAUCUUAAGAAAAAUACUGUGCUGGCAGUUUCACUUGAUGGGCGUGAAGUGACAGACUUUCGAAGCAACAUUCAAACACCAAUGUUUCUCUCGACUCGCUCAAUAGCAUACGCAGGUGGACUUUUCUACUGGACAAAUGGUGGAGAGAUGUUGACCGAAGAAUAUCAUGCUGAAAGUGAUAGUUACUUUCAUAACGAGUACCCUUUAGCAUACAAUUCCAAGUUAAUAGCAACGCGUCAAGUAUUGGUAGCGCUUAGAAGCUGUCAACCAAUACCAGUUCCUGUGAAUCCACCGAUUGGAGUACAAAGUGUGAUGGGCAUAAGCCGGGCAAAAGUGGCGUGGUCUCCACCACACUUGCUAGGACAUCAAGGAAGCGGAGCGUGGCAGCAAUGGACGUACCAUCUUCAACUAAUACACUCACCCUCUGGAGAUACCAUUGACAUUAAAAACAUCAGUGAUUCUGGAUACAUUGUUGAAAACUUGGAACAAGACGCUGAAUACACGAUUAGAGUAGCAGCUAUUACACCAUCUGGAUCAGGUCCAUGGUCUUCCGGAUUUGUAGGUAAAACCUUAGCGUCUUCACCAACAAACCUUCACAGCACAUUAUUAUGGUCCGGUCCCGAUGGACUACUACAGACUGAUCUUAGCGGCGAUAAUUUGCAAACGUUGAUACACGGGGGGCAUCUCAGAGAACUACACAUAACUGAUAUCUCUUGGUACCGGGACAAGCUCUACCUAGUAACUAAUGCUUCGACCGUCAUGUGGUACAACACUACAUCUCACGCCAGAGGUUUGAUGCCCAAUAUGGACAAUGUUGGGAGUUUGGCAGUCGAUUGGGUUGGGAAGAAAAUUUACUGGUCAAACCCUAAGCAACAGUUGAUAACUCGAGGUAAUUUUGACGGUGGCAACAGAGAACCAGUGCCAAUAGUAACAGUAGCAAAAGAACUGACAAUAGACUCUCUUGGAGCGUAUAUUUACUGGAACACAGGCCACGCCGUUGAGGCUGCGAAGCUGAAUGGAGAGAACAAGAUGGUUUACUAUCCGGCGCAAUUAUUUAGUGGGAAGCAAGUGAUGGGAUUGACGGCUGAUUUAGAAAAUAAAUGGCUUUACUGGUUGGUUCGAAGUUACGAUGGAUCUGAAUUGCACCGUGCGCCUAGUGCAGACCUCAUCGCACAUGGCGUCACUGAGAUAUCCGGGACCCUAGUGACCCGUCUAGCCGGGACAGCGACCCUGGGUCCGCUGUGCUACUUCAGCGAGCGGCUGGUGUGGGUGCAGGACGCGUCGCGAGCAGUGGUGUCCGACCUCGAGGGAAAGUACACGGCGGCGCUGGUGCCCAGGGUGCAUGUGAUCGCAGUCAGGGACCCCACGCUGCAUGCUAACAGCGAGUCCCUAAUAGCCAUCCCAGAGACGAUCGACGCGUCUUCCAUCGUGGUAGCGGGCGAGUGGGACUCGUUCAACGUGACGUGGGCACCGGCGCGGCGCGUCAACGUCAACAACAGCCGCGUCUACUAUGACGUCAGCCUCAACUUCCCGGGCCAGCACAAGAUCGAGCGUACAGUGGAAGUGCCAUGGGUGGAGGUCUCCCAACGGAUCGUGGCUCCGUACAGUGCGUUGCAAGUGUCUGUGCGCGCGCACACAGCGUGGGGCGGUGGUGCACCAGCGAGGGCCCUUGAGCACUCGCCGCAAGCGCCGCCCGCCGCGCCUCGAUCGCCGCGGCUUUAUAUUCAACCUGCUACCAGCGGUGGUUCCCUCUCCGCAAUAUUCCGCUGGGAUCCCCCGGCGCGCGCUAACGGCUUGAUCCGUGGAUACGAAGCCCAAUGUUGGACACAGCCAUCGUCCGGCCGCGCCCCGGAACCAGCGGGGAAGCCCUCCGCCUGUGCCGAUGCCCGCCUCUCACCGACGCAUACGCAACUCAUGCUUAAGGACCUCGAAAACGCGUCGUCUUAUUUCUUCCAGGUACGCGCCUACACUGAUGCAGGCUUCGGACAAUACUCUGAAGUGGUCUCAUCAUCAUCAGACGAAAUUAACCCCGUACCAAAAGUUAUAGUAUCGUCGCAAGAAUCGAUCAGAAUAGUGGACUUGGAUUCAGGGGAGAGCGAAACGAUUCCGAAAAGUAUGGGUAUACCUAUAGACUUUGCAGUCUCUAUCGAAGAAAAUAUCGUAUACUGGGUUAACAACUUGGAAGAAAUAUUUUCGUCCAGGAUUAAUGGGAGUGGUCAUUAUAAGCUAACAUCAAUUAAUGGUUCUGCUACGAGCAUUACUCUGGACUGGGUCGGGCGAUCUGUAUACUGGGCGCAACUGGAAAUGACGUCGGCCGAGUCCUACAUCGUUUAUAAAGCUGAUCUGGGUAUUCCAAACACACGACCUCCGAUCUCUCGUGUGUUCUCUAGGAGACAACCAAUUUACAGUUUACAGGUUGCUCCUUUGAACAGGACACUGUACUGGUAUGAAGAAAGCAGUCACCCAGGUCUGGGUACCAUUAUGACAUCUAAAUUAAACGGAUCUAAUAUUAGAAGUUUCUUCAAUAAUACUUUGAAAACCAACGGUACACUGAAAGAUUGCAACUGCCCCGAAAAUCCUCAAGUUGCCAAGUCAUUCAUAGUCGAUAUGACGACCAGCUAUCAAGAACUUUACUGGAUAGAUCCUUGGGUACACCAGAUUCUCGCAGCUGACAUGAAUGGUUGCAAAUGUAGAGUCGUCGUUGAUGCCACAGAAAAGAAAAAAUACGGCUUUACACCAAUGUCAAUAACAGUAGAUAGCAAAUACGUGUACUGGUUCAAUUCGACCGAGAAAGAAAUAUUUUACGCAAUAAAAAACAAGAAACAAAAGCUGGAGCAUGCGAAAACGUCACACGGCUACAAGAUUAUGGCGCUAGAUCCAGCUAAUCAACCUUAUCCUCCGAGGCAAUGUUUGUUUCCUAAAUCUCAGAACCUGCAACCGAAAGUUCUAUCAAAUUCGGCAAACAGUAUCACACUCCAGAUGCCAAAGGUUCAUAAACCACAGCAAUCACAAUGCCGUAACUUAGAAUAUGAAAUGCCUGCCACAGAAUACACGAUAUACCACUACUUACAAGUGCCAGACAUUAUUACAAACUGCGAUAGAGACACUUGUUCGUACAUCACUACUACGAGAUCUGAUGUUAUUCUAAAUGAACUGAAACCUUUCACCAACUACUCUGUGAUGCUGGAAGCAACAAAUUACUACGCAAAACUUCACGAAAUUAAACCACUUAUCGGAGCAUCUUUGAUACUUCAGACAGCAGCAGAAGCUCCAACUGCACCAAAGAAUGUGACUGCAAUACCUAUAAGCCCAGUACAAGCUCGCGUUGAAUGGAUUCCUGACCAUGGACUGAAAUAUGAAGUGCAUUGGCGGACUAACGACUCCACUACCCUUCCGCAUAGACUCAAAGAGCACAGUACGUUCGAAGUACCAGAGCCGCGGCAGGGCAGCGUGGUGGUGUCUCGACUAGCGGCCGGCACGCGCUAUGCAGUGUGGGUGCGCGCGCGCUCUCCGCAUAGUGCGCAGGCGGCCGACAGCGCACCCUUAGCUAUGCGCACCUACCCCGCGCCGCCGCCGCUGCGCCGCGCCAUGCCCUCGCCUACCCGCCUCCGUGUGGCUUGGACGCCGCCGACUACCUACAGCAUCUAUAGAUACAAAGUGGAGUACACAGAAGCGAACACGGCCAAUGGCACGUGGCGCGACUGCGUGGCGCGCGGCGACGAGUGGCUGGCCAGCGGCCUGCGCCCGCGCACGGCCUACCGCUUCCGUCUGCGCCUGCAGUACCUUCGCGACGCGCCGCCCUACUACUGGCCGGCUGACGACCGCUUCACCUUCGAGACGCUCGGCGACGUUCCCGGCCCUCCCGGGGCACUGCGAGUGGAAGCCGUGGGAGAGAGGGUGCUGCGAGCCUGGUGGUCGGAGCCCGACACACGGGGUGCACCGAUCACUAUGUACAGGGUUUGGGGCAGACCGCAACACAGAGUCAAUUACGUGAACGUGACUAACAAUGUAAGCGAACUGUUACUCAGCUUACCUUCUGAUAUGCCCAAAGAAAUGAAACUUCAAAUUCUUCAAGAAGGCCUCGAAUUGCUACAUAACGGAACAGAUACAUAUUGGCUGAUAGGCGCAGGCGAAGUGUCUGAGGGCUACAUAGCGCGGGUACAGGCUCGUAAUAGUUACGGCUGGGGCGCGCUGUCGGCCGGCGCCGAGCUCGACGCCGCGCCGCUGGCACACGCGGCGCGCCCGCACCCCGCCGCGCUGGCCGUGGCCGUGGCCGUGCUGGCUGCGCUUGUACUGGCUGUAGGCGCCGCCGUGUUCUACACAUACAACAAUCGUUCGAAGAAGAAAGCCGCAAUAGAAAUGCAAAUCCAGAACAUCGUACCCAGAAGAGGUCCAGAUGUUGAAUUAGCUACGCUCCGACAGCUACCGAUACGACACUCCACGAAUAUUCUUUAUAACCAGGGCGUGCUCUGCCCUUCGGAUGCGGAGCUGGCAAGUCUUCCGCACAUCCGCCGCGAGCAGAUCACGCUUACAAACUUUUUGGGCUCCGGCGCCUUCGGGGAGGUGUUUGAAGGUGUCGCGCGGCAGAUCAAUGGGGCCACGGCUGACACCAAGGUUGCAGUCAAGACUCUGCGAAAAGGCGCGACCGAGCAAGAGAAGACGGAGUUCCUGAAAGAAGCGGCGCUGAUGUCGAACUUCAAGCACGAGCACAUCCUGCGGCUGCUGGGCGUCUGCCUCGACAACGACCCGCACUACAUCGUCAUGGAACUCAUGGAGGCCGGCGACCUGCUCAGCUAUUUGAGGAAAAAGCGCGCCAACUUGUACACCUCCGAAUCCCUGACUCUCCUGGACCUGCUGAACAUGUGUGUGGACGUGACCAAAGGCUGUCGGUACCUCGAAGAGAUGCACUUCGUACACCGCGACCUGGCUUGCCGCAACUGUUUAGUAGCGCAACGUGCGGGCGGACGCGUAGUUAAGAUCGGAGACUUCGGGCUGGCGAGGGACAUUUACAAGAACGACUACUAUAGGAAGGAGGGGGAAGGUUUGCUGCCAGUCCGGUGGAUGGCGGUAGAAUGCCUAGUGGAUGGUGUAUUCUCUUGCCAGUCUGAUGUUUGGGCGUGGGGAGUUUUAUGUUGGGAGGUUUUAUCGCUGGGACAACAGCCAUACCCGGCGCGUACUAAUAGACAAGUGCUGGCAUACGUCAGAGCUGGUGGAACGCCAGAUCGGCCGCCAAAUUGUCCUGCAGUGUUCUACGAGCUGCUACAAAAGUGCUGGAGCUACUCAGCGGAGGCGCGGCCGUCGUUCCGGCACUGCUUAGAAGUGGUGACGGCGCUGCGCGACAAGACCUCGCCCAAUAUCACGCUCACCGCUACGCCCGAGCCCACGCCGCAUUACCUCACGCUGCUGGCUGACGACGCCAUCGACAACCGCACCUACCUGCUGGACGAGAAUGACAACGCCUUCCUAGACGAAGACAUACCCGAAAUGCAGAUGGAACCGUCGCGGCUAUUACCCGAGCGAACGCCGAAGUACCUCGAGCUGAUGUACGAUAGCGACUCGGCGCCGGGAACGAUCGGCAGCGACGGCUACGAGGUGCCACGAACCGCGUACGCACCUUUCGCGCGCCACAGCAUUGUGGGCGUGGCGCCAAACCGCCUCGUACGACCGCCGCCGCAUCGAACGCACUCUCUCCGCUCGACUACGAGGUCCGCGACCGUCGUCCCGCUACGGAACGGGAUCGCCAAGCGCGCGUCACUGUGCGUCUCGCUAAGACACCCGCCGCGGCCCGGAUCGACGCAGGAGCGACGAUUCGAUGCCGAAUUCGAGGACCACAUAUUCAAGACUACAUUUUGACCUGUGAUAUUAGGUUUUUUAUUCUUGUACAUUGUUUGACGAUCGUGUGCGUGCCCACUGAUUCGGUACUUAGUUUUCCAUCAUGCCUUAUUGACUGAUGUAGUCCUGAUUCAAUUUCGGGCUAGGAUAAUACAUGUUUAAUAUUUAAUGAUGCAAUGUUAGUUUUUCAAAUUCAAAAAAUUAGCACUUGGAAAAAUUCACAAAUAUUUAUUUUUUAGUGUAGCCAUCAGUGGGCACGCACAACUUCGAUCAAGUGUCUGUAUAGGUUAUGUAUUUAAUUAUUUAUUUCUUUUGUAUAACUGUAAAUAGUCGAGUUGUAUAUAAUUUUAGGAAUAAAGUGUGCAUGUUUGGGGCAAAAUUAGCGCGCCUGCUGGUAUGAGUAUGUGUUUAAAAGUAUAGUGCAUUUAUGAUAAAUUUAUAAUACAUAAAAAUAUUUUCACCGAAUAUUUUGUAAGUUUUAUUUUGGGGCAACAGAAAGAAAAGAGCAGAAUAUAAGUAACAUCACGUUUUUAUUGCUAAAUGAUGAACACUCUUAUUAGAUAUAUAAAGGAAAAGCAAACACAAAUGUUACAUAGUGUAACAAACACAUCAAAGGAAUUACAUGUAAUAUUGUAUAAGUACAUAUCUUUCACUCACUAUUAUUUUGCUCAGAAAUAAGAUGUUUAAAUUCAUUUAACAUAUUUAUUGUAUUAAUAAAUAAGAUUAUAAAGAUUGAAGUUCAGAUGAGCAAAUUGUUUUGCGGUAGAAAAACAAAGUAAUUUUAAUAAACUAUUUAUUACAGGAAAAGUAAUAUUGAAUCUGUACUUUAUUUAUUUAGUAUCUGAGUAAAAUGGAACCAAAAGAAGACAAUUUUACAGACUUAUUAUGUCUUCUUAACUUGAACUUAAAUAUAGCAAGCAAUAUUUAUGUACACACUCGCUCACAAAUCACAUCUAUGUCCGUUCAUAAUAAUAAUUGUGUUAGUAACAAACAUGCUUCUCGAUUCUAUUUAGGGUACAUUUUAACUAAAAUAAAGGCCAUACUUAUAGUAU